ACCGCCCAAUCUAUCAUACCGGCACCAACCUUGUUCACAUCUUAUCUUUGAGUUAUUCUCUUGCUCUACAUCUCUUGCCCUCUAGCAAGGCUUGCCGCAUCCAUCCACGGCAAUGGCUUCAGGUGCAGCUGCUCUUAAUGCGGCCGCCGCCGUUGCGGUUUUCGCCGUGCUGGUCAUGUCUUCCCAGGGGCAUCCGAAGACGGGGCCAUUAUGCAGCGACUGCGGAUCGCUGUGCGAUACGAACUGCACCGCCUACAUUGCCUCAUCCUGCCGGCAAUACUGCGACCCCCCGAGCGGGUGCCAGGACUGCAAAAACCAGGUCCUCCAGGGGUGCCAGGACUGCUGCAGCAAGGGCACAUGCAGCUGCGACUGCAACGGCACCGUCGAAGAUGCCUGCAGGCGUGCCUGCGAACCCCGCUAUACAUCAUGCGAGGCUUGCAGGUUCGGGAUUUCCCAGACGUGCUAUCCCACCUGCAACAGCGACUGCAACAACAACUGCGUGAAGAAAGACCAUGGAUGUUGAGCUUUGGUUAGUGUGUGUGCUUGUGCAUCAUCCAUGUAUGCAUGAGUGUGUCGUUGUAGUAUCCAAUAAUAUGAAGACGUUCCUCUGAAUUUCUGAUCCAUCUGGGGUAUAUGUCUAUCAUAGAUUGUUUAGCAAUGUACUGUUUCAGUAUUUUAUAUCGAAAACAAGUCAUUUUGAUUUGGCCAGUAACCGGAUUUUCAUUCGUGAGAUU